GACAUGUGGUUUUUAUAAAAUACAGUGAACUCAUUUUGCUAGUGUUUACAUACAAUACACGUUUUACAAUUUAAUUUCGGUUUUACAUGGAAAACUCGCUGAAAAGACAGGCGGCCUUUAAAUUAGAAAACGUCCAAUUAAGUUUUAACGUAGACGUCUGAAACGAGUCGGAAAUAGUUUCACUCAUAAUUUAUCACUCUCACUCCGAUUAAAUUGUAUGAAUGAAAAGAGAAAAGCUGAUGCAAUCCCUCAACAUACUUGCGACUUUUUAAGCAGACAAACCACAAAUCGCCGGUGAUAAUUUAGUACCACGGCAAGUGUUUGAAAUGCCCAGUACUACUACGGCAGACAACAGCAAAGAUGUGCAAAAUUGUGAUAGUUCCAGUCAGGGUUCUGGUGUUAAACUUAAGAAACGCAUUGGCCUCUUGGAUGGAGUGGCCAUUAUAGUUGGUGUCAUUGUUGGUGCUGGUAUUUUUGUCAGUCCCAAAGGUGUUUUAAUAUACUCCGGCUCAAUUGGCCAGUCGCUCAUAGUAUGGGUGCUCUGCGGCAUACUGAGUAUGGUGGGAGCAUUAUGUUAUGCCGAAUUAGGUACCAUGAUUCCCAAAUCUGGCGGAGAUUAUGCAUAUAUAGGAACAGCAUUUGGUCCACUGCCUGCAUUUUUAUAUCUGUGGGUAGCCUUGUUAGUUUUAGUACCAACUGGAAAUGCUAUUACUGCAUUAACGUUCGCUCAAUAUCUCCUACAACCAUUUUGGCCAUCUUGUGAGGCUCCUGCCGUAGCCAUACAGCUGCUGGCGGCUGUUAUAACAUGUAUUCUGACUGUUAUAAAUUGCUAUAAUGUCAAGUGGGUAACUCGGGUUACGGACAUUUUCACUGGCACCAAGAUUUUUGCCUUACUAGUGAUUGUGGCAGCAGGAGCUUGGUAUUUAUUUGCUGGCAACACAGAAAACUGGAACGAACCUAUGAAGGGCACUCUAACCCAACCGGGACUAAUAGCACUGGCCUUUUAUAAUGGUCUGUUUUCGUACUCGGGCUGGAAUUAUUUGAAUUUCGUAACAGAAGAACUAAAAGAUCCCUAUAAGAAUUUACCAAAAGCCAUUUGUAUAUCAAUGCCGGUUGUAACAGUAAUUUAUGUGGUGGCAAACAUUGCUUACUUUUCUGUGUUAACUCCUGAAGAGAUGUUGUCAUCCAAUGCUGUGGCCGUAACAUUUGGCGACAAAAUGUUGGGUUUUAUGGCCUGGUUGAUGCCGUUCUUUGUGGCCUGUUCUACUUUUGGUUCAUUGAAUGGUGCAAUUUUUGCAUCAUCACGUCUUUUCUUCGUUGGUGCUCGUAAUGGCCAUUUGCCGGCGGCUAUUUCAUUGAUAAAUAUAAAUUGUUUAACACCAGUGCCUUCACUAAUAUUUCUGUGUGUCCUAACUUUAAUUCUACUGUUCAUAAAAGACGUUUAUGCUCUCAUCAACUACGUAAGCUAUGUGGAAGCUCUAUUCACUUUAAUAUCCGUUUCCGGUUUACUGUGGCUACGUUAUAAACAACCCAAAACCGAAAGACCUAUACGUGUAAAUCUUGCAUUACCGAUUGUCUUCUUAAUCAUCUGCCUCUUCCUUGUGAUCUCAUCGUUCUUCCAGUCACCACUUGAAGUUGGUAUCGGCACUGCUAUUAUUUUAUCUGGCAUUCCAGUCUAUUACAUGACAAUACAUCGACCGGUUGGAUGGCUCACAAAUAUGUCACAAGCCAUUAAUAUGUGGUGUUCAAAAUUCUUUAUUUGUAUGCCAAAUCAAGAAAAGUUUGAUUAAGUUUUUUUUUAUUGCUUUAGAGAUUAAAUUAUUAUUAGUAAUGAAAACAUAAAAGACUAAUUCAAAUUAAUAUACAGCAUUAAAUGUACAAACAUACAUCUCCAAGUAUGUUUGUAUUUGUUGUAUCUUUAAUACAUAAUGUACAUGUAGAAUGUAUACAAUACCUAGAUAUUUACUGUAAAAUAAAAAUACUGAAGGGAAAUUAUUAGAAAUUGCGUGCCUUUUGCCUCGCAACAAACAAACCAUUUUUCAUAUAGACAGUGUUGUGUAAAACAAAAGUCUCAGAAUAUAUAUGCGCUCUACACUAUGUUGUACUUUGAAUUAUUAAAGAGAACUGUUCAUAAAUAUCGUUAUUGAAACAACCUUUCUUUACACACAUUUUUAUUUGUUAAUUUUGUUUUACUCAACGCUGUCCAAUGUAUGUAUUUCGUAUAUCAUAGAAAAUAAGAUUUACUUUUUUGGUUUACUUGAAAAUAUUCUAGCUCGAAUGAAUUCUUUACAUUUUAUUUUAAAUAUUUUGUAAUUAUUCUUUCAUUACAAUUUCUUAUUGUUUUUCCUAUUGAAAAACUUCAAUCUUAUCAUGCACAAAAAGACAUUUUUUUAUUGUAGAAUAUAAUUUAACGUACAGAAUGUACUUUAUGUACAGUGGCGAGUAAAAGUGUAACAUGGUACAGUGGGCCCUAGUUCAGAAUAAUAAUUUAGUUUCGACGAAAAAAUGGAUCCGGAAUAUAUAUGCAAUAUAUUGAAUAUAGAACGUAUGUAUGUUUAAAUUGUUCCAAAUGGUGGAGUAGUUCUUGAGUUUAUCGAUUACGAAUAAACAUUCCUCUGUUAUAAAUAUAUAUUGAUUAUAUUAGGAUAGAACCACUACUAAAUUGACAUACUUUAUUUUAAAUUCCCUUCAUAUUUAGAAAUAUUGAGCUUCAUAACUGAACAUUAUAUACCACGUUACACUUUUGCUCGCCACUGUACAUAUCCAAUUUACAUACAUGCAUAUUAUUUAAUAUUUGUAUUAGUAAUUAUGUAAUUUAUUUAUAAUACUUAAGCAUAAGUAUAGUACAUAUAUUAUGUAAAGAAAACAAUUAAAAUAAUUAUAAAGAAAAUGUAUUCUAAAAGAAUUAAGUUGUAUAACUCGAAAUAAAAUUUUUUUGAAUUAAUUAUGUA